AGGCACGAGGAUCCGGCGUUCCAACCCAGCGGGAAAAUGCGGCCUCUGACUGAAGAGGAGACGCGAGUAAUGUUUGAGAAGAUAGCAAAAUACAUCGGGGAGAAUCUGCAGCUGCUGGUCGACAGGCCCGACGGCACCUACUGUUUCAGGCUGCACAACGACCGGGUGUACUACGUGAGUGAGAAGAUUUUGAAGUUGGCCGCCAACAUCUCCGGUGACAAGCUGGUGUCGCUGGGGACGUGCUUCGGAAAAUUCACGAAGACCCACAAGUUUCGGUUGCACAUCACGGCUCUGGAUUACUUAGCACCGUAUGCCAAGUAUAAAGUGUGGAUAAAACCUGGAGCAGAGCAAUCCUUCCUGUAUGGGAACCAUGUGCUGAAAUCUGGACUUGGUCGAAUCACUGAAAAUACUUCUCAGUACCAGGGAGUUGUGGUGUACUCCAUGGCAGACAUCCCUUUGGGUUUUGGGGUGGCAGCAAAGUCUACACAAGACUGCAGGAAAGUAGACCCCAUGGCGAUUGUGGUAUUUCAUCAAGCAGACAUUGGGGAAUAUGUGAGGCAUGAAGAGACAUUGACUUAAAACGAAAUCAUCGCGAGGACUUGUGGCUGUGUGGAAGGGCCUAGCUUUGUUUCCUGUGUCUGUGUAGGCUCCACCAUCAUGUUGAAUUUUGUCAACACUGUGACCUCUUCAGGGACUUCUUAGUUUAAUAUUCUAUUAUGGACAAAUGCAGGCUGGAUUCUUAUUAUGCAGAAAUGGCUCAAAAACGGGGUUUUGGAUCUUUGUGAUUAUGACUAACUAGAAUGCUGUGUUUUAUAUUUGAAUCAGAGGGCUUCUUGUUUUGAGUAACAGGUUCUAAAUUGUUGGAACUGAGGACAAGAAUAGCGUAUUGUUAUCUGUGAUAACACUUUUCCAAACACAUGAUAAGAACGUAAUGAAUUUUCUUAUUUAUUAAUACUAUGAAAGAUAGAUAUUGCCAUCAGAAUAGUAGGUGGUGUGUGGAAUUUUACAAAUGAAAUUUGGAUAAAACAGUAAGAGCAGUUUAUUCUGCCGAUUUUCUUUACGGUAGGUGCUGUGUAGUGUGGAAAAAAACUUGGAUUCAAACACCAGUUCUCACAUCUACCAGCUGUAUGGCCUUAGAUGAGUCAUUAAACUUUAAUAAGCUUCAUUUCCUUCUGUUUCAAAAAGCAGCCUAGCCGUCUUCCUAAGAAUAGUUUUUAGAAGUGGAAAUCGUGAUCGUAAAGCAUCUAGCACAGUGCCUGGCAAAUGAGAGUGUUGAAUAAAUGGUAAGAGUUAUUUCUGUAACGUU